CCUCAACUGAUGUUGGCAUUGUUUUUUUGGAGAUUGGUAUAGUAUCUGCAUUAAACUACAGUCUUCACACAAGUGUAUUUUUAUUGAUGUAUAUUAACUAAUUUAACAUUACAAAAAACGGAUUUUUCAACUUCGAAAGGGGAUUAUAAUUUUUUUUUCUCCAUCGAUGUGAUAAAAGUGUUUGAACUAUGUGCUGUUAAGUUUCUCAAAAUACAAUCUCAAUGGUUUCCAAAACAUAGUGUUUGAUUAUUGUUUUUGUGCAAAACUUACAAAAUUGUUUUGAAAUUAUGUAACUAUUCUCAAAAAGUGAUGAACUGCGGCAAUUUCUAUAUUGUCUAAGUCAACUACAGGAAAGGUUUUCAAGAGCAUGAUAAAUAACUUUCCUCAGAGUAAAAAUGUCAACAAAAAGUUAUAACAAAUCAUUAAACCGCAAAGGUAAUAAUGUCGGUGCUUCUGGAAAUAUCCAAUUUGAAAAGCUAUUCCGUGAAAAUAGUAAUAGGCCAUCAGUUUCUAAAUCAGCUGGUAUUGUUGGUAAAUGGGGAAUAACAUCCUUUACAUCAAUUCGAAGUUCAAACAUAAAUGAUAAACCUGCUGGAGAGAGUCGAAAAUCUCAUGGAACAAAACGACAAAAACUUGAUGUCCCAAAAUCUAAUUCGUUUAAAAAGAAAGCUCAACCACCAGCACCAGCACCUCCACCAGCACCAACACCAGCACCAACAAAAAUAAGUGAUAACAAACCAAAAAAGUUUUUCAAGAGUCGAAAUCAAGCUGCUGCAGCUGCUGCAGCUGGGACUCUUAAUGCUGAUAAAAAAUCAAAUCCUGCCACAACAGAUGUAGAAAUGGUCAGUGGUAACAGCCACCCAAAAACAAAGCCGGAGCAGGCAGAAGAAAAAAAUGUUCUUCAAUCAACCAGUUCAGAGAAUUUAAAACCUCCAAUUGUUUUACGAAUCUGCAAGGGUACUGCCAGGCUUGUGGGUGCUAAAAUAUCAAAGGAUAGUUCAUCGGAAGAAGUUUCUUCUCCGACUUCUAGUUCUAAUAAUACAACAACUAACAACCGAGACGAAGUUACAGAUCAUACCCCAAGAAAAACUAGAAGUCGAACGAAAGUACAAGAAACCGAUGUUAAUGUACAUCAGACUAAAUUUACAAUUAGUACAGAAACUGCAUAUCCUAAAAAACUAAAUUUAAAAAGAACUUACAGCGAUGCAAAUGAAGAUUAUGCAACAAAUGAUACAAUUCAUUAUCCAAAAUUACACAUUAAAGAGAUUCCAGAACGUCCUUCAAAGAGUGAAAUUGAAGAUAACAAUUCUAAAUCUUUGUUGAACGAUGUUCCAACUAAUUUACCACCGGUACUGCCUCAACAAGUUACAAAUAACGAAAGAACCGAAUCGGUCGUCGCACCGCUCAAUGUAGACAAUUUAACGUCAGACCAAAUUAUGCACACCGAUGAACCCGAUUCUUUGCCCGUCGCGCCCGUAGAAGAAAAAUAUCCCGAAAACGUAUAUCAGAAUCAAAGCGACAACAAACCAACAUCAGCACCGAUCAGCGAACCAAAAUCGAACGUAGUGAAGGAAGCCGAGCAGGAUUGGUUCUCCGACAGCGACGAGAGCGAAGGCGCCAAUAACGCCAACGACGCUCGGAUCGAGGCCCAAGAGCCGUCGUCGGUGGACGGCCCGAGCGCGCUGCUGACCAGCAGCAGCAGCAUCAGCAGCAAGACCUUCGAGAAGCCGGCUCUGCUGAAGAAGGGCAGCAUCUUCAAGACCCGCUGCGCCGGCGGCACGUCGAGCAACAACAAGAGGCGAGCUCUGUACAAGCACAAGUGGUGCGACGGCGACAAGGAGAGCAAGGCCGGGUCGCAGGACAACGCCGCGGCGACCGACGCGAUGAUGAUGGACUCGUUGACGAGCAUGCCGCCGACCAAGAGCGGCGGCAUGAUGCUGCCGUCCGGCGAGCAUCAGCAGAGCGGCGACGCCUCGUCCAUGAGCGUCAUGGAUUUCCAAGAGUCCGAGAGCUCGACGACGUCGUACUCGGAAGCGACGAGCGGCACCGGCAAAAAAACUAAAGAAUUUUACACAGUCGUGAAAAACGUCAAGAAAGCCCAUCAAAUCCAAGAGAGCGGCGAAUUUCAGGAAUUCAACGACGACGUCGAGUACAUUUUGGACACGCUCAGAGAGAACAAUCCGAACGCCACUCGGUGUCUGUCGGCCAUCAGAUUGGCCACCAAGUGCAUGGCCCCCGCCUUUCGGAUGCACGUCAGAGCUCACGGAACCGUUGCCAAGUUCUUCAAAGCUCUGCACGAUGCCAAAGCCGAUCAAAGCUUAGCUUUGUGUACAGCGACAGUUAUGUUCGUGCUGAGCCAAGAUCGUCUCGCCAUGGAUUUGGAUAGAGAUUGUUUGUCGUUGAUGCUGAGUCUUCUGGAUUCGGACGCGAGUUACAAAAAUGCCCUGAACGACUGCGGCUUGAGCUACGCCGAACUCUUGAAAAAUAAAGAACGAGUCAGGCAGCUCUGUGCCGAUAUUCAAUCCCAGGGACACGCAAAACAUCUAAAUAUCGAUAACAUAACAGUAGGACAAUUGGCUAUGGAAACAUUACUCAGUCUUACGUCCAAGCGAGCCGGAGAAUGGUUCAAAGAGGAGCUGAGAAAGCUCGGCGGCUUAGAUUUUAUAACGAAAACUAUUACAGAGUGUUAUAGUUUUAUUUUUAAUAAGAAAGUAGAAAAUGACAUAUGGUCUGAAGAACUACUGGAUAAGUUAAGAAAAGUUGAUAGAUGUCUAAGAGUGUUGGAAAAUGUAACUAACAUGAAUGAAGAAAAUCAAAUUUAUUUAUUAAGUUAUGACAAUAGUAUAUUAGAAAAUACAUUAGCUAGUCUGUAUGAUCUUUGUAUACAAGAAGUGAAGAAGUACCCUACUCACAACUCCAGCGAUAAAGCGUCGAGUGGAGUUGUGAUUCGUGAAUGUUUGAUAGCGAUCAUCAAAGUGUUCAUUAAUCUUACACAUCGAUUCAAAGAGCAAUCUACGCGCAGAAGAUCUAUAGGUUUUCAGUAUCAUAUCGUACGAAAUAGUUUAUUGCUUCUAUUGCAUAUUCCACCUUAUCUGCCAGACGAUAGACGAUUCGAUGUUAGAAUGCUGGCAUUGAUAUUUUUAAUUAAUUUGACGGAGCAAAGUGAAGAGAAUAAGAAGUACAUUAUAAAUUGCGAUGAAUCACCGAGUAGUCAAGAACAAACUUAUGGAGUUCAAGCACUCAUUGACCUUUUCUUCAAUCAAGAAGAGUUAGCGCGUUUAGAAGAAAAAAAUACAGAUGCGAUUUUAGACGGUAAAAAGGAACCCGAUCAAAGUACACCUCAAUCAUCGGCUUCGAAGUCCCGAGAAGAUAUCAUUGAAGAAACUGUUGCACAAUUACUUCAAAAAGCUGGUCGACACAUGGAGCAUACUUUGAUAGCAGCUUAUGUUGCACUCUUACUAGGAUAUUUGAUCAUGGACAACGAUGACUAUGUUCAAGUUGUGCGAUCGAAGCUACCUGAUAAUAAAUUCUCGACAAUGGUUCUUGUUCUACAGAAAUUCUUCAACUUCAUGAAUCUCACAGCAUCGAAUGAAGUGAGUAGCUGUGGAAUAGCGGCGACUGAGAAAGUCAUCAAGUUCAUGAAAAUGCUUGAUGAGGUUGAGCAUAUAUAAAUUUCAUCACUUAUUCACCAUACAUUCAUUAAUAUUAACUUAUAUAUAAAAAUGUUAAAAUAAUUUAAGAGUUCGAUUUAAAUAUUUCCUUGUUCGAAAUUGUAAAAUAAAAAUUAAGAUGAGAAUCUUAACACACGUUAAAAUGUAAAGAAAAGUAUUUGUAAUGCAAAUUUUAAAUAAGAAUUUUCCCUCAUUAAGUACACGAAAUACUUUUCAACAUAAUAACGUACACAUGUAACAAGAGCAUCGUUUUUAUCCUUCUGAUUGACAAUGAUUGCUUAAUUUUCUACAGUAUUUAGUUCGAAUAAAAUAAUUUUGUAACAUUUUAAAACACUCAAUUCCAUGUAGUUUAAAAUGUUUUUAUGUUGUAUAUGGGUCGUCAUCGCAUCAUAUGCGAUGGGCCUCAACACAUUACGUAAAAUACGUAAUAAAAAAAGAUAAAUAUACAAAAUAUAAAGUUCA